CUUUGGUCUGGACAGUAAACAAACACAUGUGAGGUCUGCAACUGUACCCUAAUACUCUCAAUAUAUCCCUAUCCUCUAACUAUAUUAACUCAGAUUGAAAAGACGAAUCCAUGACGAUUGUGCAUUAACUAAGAGUGUAGAUAUUAAUUUGUAUGAUAAGCCAGAGGGAAGGAGAUAAGUCAAUAAAGAAGAGCCACGAUGGGAAGGUCUCGCCUGAAGUACAAGUCGCGGCCCACCGUUGUGACUGAUGACUCUGAGUUAAAGAAGAUUAAAGUUGAGCUUGAAUCAUCAGACAAGUAUGAUGCGAGUAAUGCUCUGGUUCUCCCAUCCCAAAAACGUGCUACGAAAAAACUGCGCGAUAAAUCUACAGGCCCAGUCAAGCUCCUGUCUAAGAAGAAACGGAAACAUUUGGAGAAAAUUGUGGAUCAGAAGAAUAAAAAGGAAAAGCGUGCCGGCCUCCUCACAGCACUACAGGAAGUUAAGGCUGAUCCAAAGGACUUGAUGAAACUGACUCAACUGCAAGAAACCCAGACACUCGGGAGGAAAAGGUUUAAGACAGAAGAUUACACCGCGCUAACAAAUAAUGAAGUAGAGGACGAGGAGGGGAAGGUGCUUAGCAGUGUGAAGGGACGAAAGCGAAAGAAACCCUCGAAGGAAGAGGAUAAAGAACAGAAGGAUAAUAAUGACUUAAAUGUUGUUCGACUUGGGGAAUUAUCUAGCAGUAGUGAUGAAAGUGAUGAUGAAGAGGAAGAGCAAGCUAAAGAAAGUGACACAGAGGUAAUAGGAGAACUUAACGGAGAACAGGAACAGACAAAAGACACCAGUCCGGCAGCUGAAGCCGACUCAAGUAGAAGUGAACCAGCAGAAACACAGUCAAGUAAGGCAGAUGCUGUUGAGCCAGUGAAGCAGCCGGCAGUGUUCAUGAACUUAAACCGUCUAGCUGAGGUUCAGGCAGCAAGGCUCAAGCUUCCUAUCCUAGCAGAAGAGCAGGUCAUUAUGGAGGCCAUCAGUGAAAACCUUGUUACGGUUAUUGUGGGAGCGACGGGUAGUGGCAAAACAACACAGAUUCCUCAGUUUCUGUAUGAGACAGGAUAUACUAGCAACGGCAAGAUGAUCGGUAUCACCGAACCAAGACGUGUGGCUGCUAUUUCAAUGUCUCAGAGAGUUGCACACGAGAUGAAUUUAUCAUCAAGAGAGGUGUCCUAUCAGAUACGAUUUGAAGGUAAUUCAACUUCAGAUACGAAGAUCAAGUUCAUGACAGAUGGUGUCUUACUGAAAGAAAUCCAAUUGGAUCCAACACUAAAGAAAUAUUCUGUGAUAGUCAUUGAUGAAGCCCAUGAGCGCAGUGUCUUCUCGGACAUUCUGAUCGGUAUUCUCUCGCGGAUCAUCCCAAGGCGACAGGCCAAGGGCAAGCCAUUAAAACUCAUCAUUAUGUCGGCUACGCUGAAAGUUGAGGAUUUCACCGAAAAUGUUCGUCUUUUUAAAGAACCAAAACCUCCAGUUAUUAAGGUUGAUGCGAGAAUGUUUGACGUAACGAUCCAUUACAACAAACGAACUGCUGAAGAUUAUCUGGGAGAAGCGUACAAGAAGGCCUGCAAGAUUCAUCGUCAGCUUCCCGAGGGGGGCAUACUGAUCUUCCUGACGGGUCAGCAGGAAGUGAACACUCUGGUCCGCAAGUUACGGGCAACAUUCCCCGUGCAUUCUAGCAGUAAAGAUGAAAUGAGAAAAGAAGUGAGUGGAUUUAGAAAGAAAAAACUUGAGAUUAAGGCCAAGAGGAAAGCAGAUAAAGAGUCUCCUGUCAAAAAGAUUGUGUUGCCUGAAGUGAAACUGGAGAACUUCUCAUCUGCCCUGCCUGAUGAUGCUGAGGGAGACUUUGCCGAAGAUGUGGCGGAUUUGGAGGACCGAGGAGCUGUAGAUCAUGGCGAUAGUGAUUUAGAUUUGGACGAGGAGGAGUACGACAUAAUAGCAGGGAAGAAGAGGUUUGGGGAACAGGGCGAGCCAGAACAACCUCUCUGGGUCUUACCGCUCUUCUCCAUGUUACCUCCUGAAAAACAACAGAUGGUCUUCCGGCCACCGCCAGAAGGUACGCGACUAUGUGUUGUAGCGACCAAUGUAGCUGAAACGUCCCUCACUAUACCCAGCAUCAAAUAUGUAGUAGACUGUGGUAAAGUAAAGGAGAAGGUAUAUGAUAAAGUGACUGGAGUGUCAAUGUUCCAUGUAACGUGGACCUCCCAGGCCUCAGCCAAUCAGAGAGCAGGUCGAGCUGGCAGGACGGCUCCAGGUCAUUGUUAUCGUCUGUAUUCCUCAGCGAUAUUCAAUGACGAGUUCCUCAAGUUUUCACGUGCUGAAAUCCAGCGACGUCCCAUUGAUGAUCUGGUGCUAGUGAUGAAAGCCAUGAAUCUUCCUGUGGUUAAUUUCCCAUUUCCCACACCACCCGAGUACCUACAGAUUUGUCAUGGCAUAAAAAGGUUGUUAACUUUAGGUGCUUUAGAGGAACUGCCAGACCCAGCAGCAGGAUCACUGCCUAAGUACAAAAAGAUAAAGACCCAGAAAGCUAAAGACUUGAGUCGCAUCACCUCCUUGGGCAAAGCCAUGGCAGCGUUCCCACUGGCUCCUCGGUAUGGUAAAAUGCUUGCACUCAGCCACCAGCAUUCCCUUUUGCCAUACACAGUUGCUUUAGUGGCAGCUCUUACAGUUCCUGAGGUCCUUAUAGAAACUCCUCUUGAUUUAAAGGAGAAUGUAAAUGAUGUACGGAAGAGAUGGCGGACUUUAAGGAUGUCAUGGGCAGGUACAGGAAAUUCCAGGAGAUUAGGAGAUGUCAUGGUAUUACUUCGAGCUGUUGGUGCGGCCGAAUACGAGGGCGGAGCACGGGACUGGUGUGAAAAUAACGGACUACGACACAAAGGAAUCACAGAAAUCCGCAAAUUACGCCGACAGUUAACAAACGAGAUUAACCUUAUCAUCCCAUCGUGUGACCUUAUUUUGGACCCUCACAUGGCACCUCCUACUGAUGACCAGGCUCGACUAUUAAGACAGAUAGUACUGGCCGGCUCAGUUGACCAUGUUGCGCGUCGCGUGGAUGAUUGUGAACUGAAGACCCCGGAAGACAAAGUAAAGUGGAGGCAUGCAUAUAGAACACAGGAGAUGGAGGAGCCAGUCUUCAUGCCAACAUCAUCAAUAGGUCGAAUCGACAUGCCACAAUGGGUUGUUUACCAAGACGUUUAUGAGACUCACAAGAUGUUCAUGAGAAAUGUGACAGUUAUAGAACCAGAAUGGCUGGCAGUGUUUGCUCCAAAUCUCUGCACCUUUUCACCACCUCUGGAGUCUCCUGAACCUCGCUAUGAUGCUGACCGAGAUAAAAUUGUCUGCCAUCGAACUGCGAAGUUUGGGCCAGCAUCAUGGGAGAUUCCUGAAGUGGAGGUAGAAUAUCCAUACGGUAGAGAUCUCUUUAACUGGGUAGCCUAUUGUUUCCUGAUUGGCCACAUGUGCUCACCUCUUAAAAACAUUGUGGGUCAUCUCUAUGAACCGAGGACACUAGUUAACCCAGUUGCUAUCAGAUAUCGUGAACAACGGGAAAGUCUCCUUCGUGCACUGAUGAGCAAAGACAUCACAAACCUGGCCAAGUUAAAGGAGGCAUGGGCUGCGGAUCCAAAUUAUCUACGGCGGGAAUACCUGCAGUGGCUACAGAACAAGGAGGUUAAAGGAGAAGUCUUGAAAAUAUGGCCACCACUUGAUCAUUCCUUUGACACUAAUUGGAGCUGAUGAUGACAGGUACUUGGUGACACGUGUGUAAACCCCUGGGUAACCCCGACGUCCACAUCCGUCACCCCACGACACCACACCUGUUGGACAGCACAGUGAACAGUUCAGCCCGUUUUUUAGUAAAUAAUAAGGUGUCUUAUUUCCCUGAAGAAUUGCCCAUAAAAUCUCAUGCCUACAUCCUCAUCCUUGUAGAUCUCAAUGUUAAUAUACUUGUACAGGAAUUUUAAUUCAGUACUGUAGUAUAAUUGCCAGCAACAGCACUGUGAGCUAAGGGACUUUGAAUAAAUACAGUAGACUGUUUCUGUAAAGAACAUUAACUGACAGAUGAAAUGAAGUACCUAUUGUCACUAAAUGAUACAUUAUGUACAGUACUAUAUUUGCUAAGUGAACAGUUUGAACAUAAGAAAUAAUGCAGUGCAUAUAGGAAAUAGUGUUGAUUGAACAGUGAAAUUUGCUCAAAUUGCAAGGAAAUAAAAUUAUGUGGCAAAUAACAGGUACUCCUCGACUUACAACUGCCGCAGUCGUAUAAAAUAUUUUUCAAAUUACGUAUUUUCUAGUACCGACAUUAGUGAUC